AUGUAGCUGUAUAUAUGUAUGCCGUGGUCCUGUCGAUCUGUUCCGUUCAAGUCUGACUUCUUUGCUUCUUUCUUUUUCCCAUCGUCUCCAAGUAGUCGGUGAUUCGUCCGUCCUUGCAGGAUAUUGUAUAUAUACUCCUUGUCCCCCUGCCCAACCCAUAACGCAAGACGGGUUCGAUUCGAGUCAAAUCGAAUCAAAAGGCUUGCUGUCAUGGCCCCAAUUACUAUCCCCCCUGCGGCACCACCGUCGGGCAUGCCAAUCGCAGACACCACUGCGGCUCAACAAGGCGUCGCCCAUACCGUCGGCAAGGAGACUGUCAACGCCGACGAUAUCGAGAGAAACGCCGGCAGCGAGAUCAAUGCCGAAGAAGACCAGAAGAACGAGUCUGAUGGAAGCUCCGAGUUCAAGCAGGAGGGUGUGGCAAGGGCCGAGGCCAUCACCAAGGUCUGGACCACCAAGACGCUCUGGAUAACCUUUGGCCUUCUUUAUGUUGUCUCCUUGGUCGACUCGAUGUUAUCUAACGUCGAGGGUAACCUCUCGCCGUACGUCACCUCAGCAUUCGGCCGACACGGACUGAUUUCUACAACAUCAAUCGUCUCAACUAUCCUCGGCGGCGUCAUCACUCUCACAAUCGCCAAGAUGAUCAACAUCUGGGGUCGCAUGGAGGGUCUGGCGGGUAUGGUCUUCCUCAUCACCAUCGGUAUGAUCAUGAAGGCUGUGUGUCAGAACGUCGAAACAUAUGCCGCCGCACAGGUCAUGUACUGGGUUGGUCACAUCGGACUGCUGCUCAUCAUCAACGUGACCGUGGCCGACAUGACAACUCUCAGGAACAGGAUGAUCAUCUUCGGCUUCAACACCUCGCCCUUGAUCAUCAGCUAUUUCACCGGACCUAUAGUAGCCGACCGCUUCCUCAAGGAGGUGAACUUCCGCUGGGCCUUUGGAGCCUUUGCCAUCAUCAUGAUCGGUACCACCGCUCCCAUAAUCGGCGUCUUCCUCUUGAACGAGCGCAAGGCAAAAACGGUCGGGCUGGUGCGGGAAAAGUCGGGCCGCACCUUUACCGAGUCGGUCAAGUACUACGUUGUUGAGCUGGAUGUCGUUGGUCUGUUCCUCAUCACCGUCGGUGCCUCCUUGCUUCUGCUUCCUUUCUCGCUCGUCAACUACGUCCAGGGUGGCUGGGCCAACGGUGGACUCAUCUCCAUGUUCGUCCUGGGCCCUGUCCUGUUGGCCGUCUUCUUCGUCUGGGAGAAGAAGUACGCGCCUGUCCAGUUCUUCCCCUGGAUAUACCUGACCAACAAGACCAUCCUGGGAGCCUGCUUCACCUACGGUCUGAUGUUCGCCAGCAUCUUCUGCUGGGACACGUACUACUACUCGUACCUGCAGGUGGCACACUCGCUGUCCGUCGUCGACGCCAGCUACACCAUCAACUCGCUUUCCCUGUCGUCGGCCAUCCUUGGCGUCUUCAUCGGCUUCCUCAUCCGCGCGACCGGCAAGGUCAAGUGGGUUGCCAUGGCCGGCGUCCCCUUCAUGAUCCUGGGCACCGCGCUCCUGGUCCGGUUCCGGACGCCCGACACCUCCAUCGCCGUCCUGAUCGUGCUGCAGGUGCUGGUGGGUUUGGCCUCGGGCGUGUUUGCGCUCUGCAGUCAGAUGGCGGUCAUGGCGACGGUCAAGCACAACGAGGUGGCGCCCGGACUUGCGCUCCACGGCCUCUUUGGCUCCGUCGGUGCCGCCAUCGGCCAGGCCAUCGCCGGCGGCAUCUGGAACAACCUGCUGCCCUACAAGCUGAUGGAGCUGCUGCCCGAGGAUGCCAAGGCGGAAGCCUGGACCAUCUUUGGCGACAUUACAGUCCAGCAGGCCGCCACGGGUGCCGUCAGGGACGCCAUCAACGCCGCCUACGGUGACAUGCAGCACAUGAUGGUCAUUGCCGGUUGCUGCUUCACCCCCUUUGUCAUUGUCGCCGUUUGGUUCUGGGAUGACAUUGACGUUAGGAAGAUUGAUGCCGAGAGGGGACAAAAGGGCAACGUGUUUUGAAAGAGAGAAAAGUGUGACAGGGGAAUGGGGGAAAAAAAAAUAUUUGUAGCUCAUGUCGCAUUCUGGUGGGAUUGCGCCGAUUCAGGUGUCGUCCGCAUCAGGUUUUGUUCCUUAUACCCGUAUCCUGGAGAGGAUGUUAUUUCAAUAUCAUAAUCGAACGUUUUGGGAA